AUGGCGGGCCGUCGCAGGCCAGGGAAGGAGCCAGCUGGCGAACCUUCAGGGGGUCCAGUUGUUGGCAACCCAGAAAACCAUCCUAUCGUGAUAAGCGAACAAGGCUGCACGCUGAUCAUUGAAAGCAACAAGAUUCCAGGGACACCAUUGCAGCCAGCUACGUGUGAGGGGACACGCUAUGUUGCUCUGAGCAGGACGAUACAAGAUGCUUGCAACAUGCACAACACAUUGGUCAUGUGUGAUCACCCGAACAUACUCAAACCAAUUGGUGUUUGGACAGACCCUAGCGACAACAGGAAAGCAUACAUUGCGGUCGCAUCAGUUGACAAUGCACUUAACAACCUUGCAAAGGAACAGUUGUUUUGCAUCGAGGGGCGAAUUUGCCGUGGAUUUUCUGCACUUGGGUUCAGGAUGUUUAAGGACAUUUUCACGGCAAUACAGUAUGUCAAUAGUAGAUAUGAGGGAGGCGCUACAUCCAGUGACAACAACACUCCCCCUAUUCAAUUGUUUCCGAUGAUGCUAGAACCCAGGAACAUAUUUGUGAAGAUGGCAAAUGGCAAGGCUCGAGUUAUGCUGGGUAAUUUUAAAACAAAGUUAUCAGAUGUGUAUGUUUCAAGAAGCAGCAGGGGCGCUCGCCGAGAAAUUACAAGGGAUAACAUAGAAAAAGUGCACUGGAAGGAAGUUGGACACUGUCUCACCGAACUUUACAAGACUUAUGAAGCCAGUAGAGAGUUGACUGAACUUGCUACGUUCUUGACAGAUGGAGAAGUAACAUAUGAUAGCCUACUCUGGCAACCAGGUAUAUGGGAUGCACGCACCAAAAUGCAAUUCGUAAGAGAGAUAUAUUUUCUUCUCGAUAGUGAACGGGAUAACGAGAAAACUCCUUUUGAAAGUACACCAAGGGGAAAAGUAUUGAAGAAGAAGAAUUCUCUUGGCCUCCUUCCUAUCAUGAAAGAAUUUUCUCCUCCGAUGAACGAAAAUACCGGUCAGGAAAAACCAAUUAAAGAAAAUCACUUGCUUGACUCUGUGAUUUUUCUCAGGAACAAAAUUGUAGCUCAUUUUGAUGAUGAAUACCGUCGUUUUAAGGGCUCCAAGGGAGAGGUAUAUACAAUAAUACAAAGCAGAAAAGAUGACUACAUGAUAACUCUCGCUAGGACAAUACGGGAACUGGGGUGGAUACCCAAAUCUCCGGUUACACGUGGUGAGAAUGAUUACAUGGCAUGCUUCUACACGAUGAAGAUAUAA